AUCCCUAGAAAAAAACUAAACAAAGCAGCGCUGCCAACUGGAUGAUUUGUUUGGAUUGUUCUAGUUCGUUGUGAUUAUUCUGAAACAAAGCCUCCAAAUGGCCAAUGUUAUCGAAGUGAAACCCAAAAUACUCGUGUUUGAUUUAGAUUACACACUUUGGCCGUUUUGGGUUGACACACAUGUCAUUCCCCCCUUUCGUAAAACGAACGACGGUUGCGUCAUAGACCAAUUUGGAAGUAAAAUUCAAUACUACAAUGACGUUCCAGAACUUUUACAGGAAUUGUAUCUUGAAGGUUAUAUUCUAGCAGUGGCGUCUCGUACCAGCGAGGUCGAGGGGGCCAGACAACUUUUGGAUCUGUUCGGAUGGACGAAGUAUUUCUCGCAUUUGGAAAUCUUCACGGGGGUGAAGACCAAACACAUCACGAGGAUAAAAAACAAGUUUGAUGUGGAAUACAGCGAAAUGAUUUUCUUUGACGACGAAAGCAGGAAUAUAAGAGAUGUGAGUAAACUGGGGGUGCUUUCGAUCCUUGUUAACAACGGGAUAUCGAGGAAAGUGGUUGAUGAUGCUAUAGAGCAAUUUACGAAACAAUCUAAAAGAAAGUAGGAUGCUAGGGAUAUUUUUAUAAUCAAUUGCUUGUGUUAGGGAGUUUUGCACCAGCCUGAUUCAUUACUUAGAGUAAAGUGUACAAUUGUGUUUCUACUUUUGUUAAAGAAAGAAUUCAGUUUUAUUAUUUUAUUUAUGUAAUAAAAUAUGUUCCAUUGAA